AUGUUGAAGCACAGAUAUCUGGCUUAUACAAUAUCCUGUGCCUGGCUGGGCUACUCAGACAGCAGUGCAGUGGGAUUCAAAGUAAAGGUGGGUGCAGCCCUGCAGGAUGAUAUUUGCAGAUGCAGAUUUAUAUGAGAAAUAAUUGGCCCAGACAAAAUAAUGAUGCUGGAUGCAAACCAGCAAUGAGAAAUAAAGGAAGCAACAGAGUGGGUCACUAACCAGUUUAAACCCUCAUGGAUUUAGAAGCCAACUUUUCCAGAUGAGGAUAUGUAUGACCAGAUGGGAUAUGCAACCAUUCCAAAGGCCUUAGCACUGCUAGGAAUUGGUGUGGCAACCAGAGAACAUGUAAGAAUAUUGAUAUUUAAACAGCUUCUACAAGCUAAGGCCUUGAGUUAUCUCCAAAUUGACAGCUGCAGGCUGGGAAGUGUGAAUGAAAACUUGUCUGUGUUGCUGAUGGCCAAAAAGCUCCAGAGUAAGGCUCUGCAAAACGCAGCAGGAAUGGGUCUCUGUGAAUUAGUCCGGCACGUGAUAAUAUUUGAUUAUAUGCCAGUAUCUGGAAGCCUCAAAAGCAGGUUAGUUAUACAAAAUAACUCCAGUAGCAAUUGA